UUCAUGUCAGGUAUCAAGAUGCCAUCUACAUAUCGAAAGAGAGGAAGACCAAAAGGACACGAACUAACAGUGAUAGGCCUGCCAUCAAAAAAGAAGAAGUCUCUGAAAACUCUCCAGCCAUUUACUAAGUUGCACACAUCAGUAAAGGAGAAGGUAAUGCUGGAAUGGUUUGUGGAUGCAGAUUUGGCAGCAAGUGUGCUGAAAAAUUCACAACAACUGCUUAUUGAAAGAGAUGUCGAGGCUAGGCCAGAGAUGGUAACUGAUGCUGUUCUGGAUGAGAAUGUAGACAUUCAUUUAAUCAGGAAGUACUUUCAACACGAUGCUUGGCUGCUUGUGACCCAAGUUGUACCGCAGAAGCAGAAAACUCAAGGAUACAUUUGCAAGUACUGUUCCCAUGAUCUAGAUGAUGAGUCACAAGCAAUUUUGUGUGACCACGGCCUUCAGUGGUUUCACAUGAAGUGGGUGGAGCUGAAACAGAAGCCAAAGAAAAAGUACUGGUUUUGCAGACAUUGCCACCAUGCACGCCCAAUGUAG